AGGGAAGGCGGUGGCUGAGGCUGUUCGGGAGGUUUCGGAGUUGGUGCCUCCAGGUGCCAUGGGCAGGGCUGAGGCGCGCUGAGGGGUCGUGGGGUGCUGAAGGGGAAGCAGGGCUGGGCCAUGGCCGGCGCUAGGGCAGCCGCUGCCGCCUCAGCGGGGCCCUCGGCUUCUUCGGGCAACCCGCCGCCUCAGGAGCCAGGGCUCGGGGAGCUGCUGGAGGAAUUCUCCCGGACUCAGUACCGGGCCAAGGACUGUAGCGGGACGGGCGGCUCAAAGGUUGAGCGCAUUGAGAAGAGAUGUCUGGAGCUGUUUGGCCGAGACUACUGUUACAGUGUGAUCCAAAAUGUGAAUGGGGAUAUCUGUGGCCACUACCCCCAGCACAUCGUGUUCCUGGAGUAUGAAAGUUCUGAGAAGGAGAAAGACACGUUUCAGAGCACCGUGCAAGUGAGCAAGUUGCAAGACCUCGUCAACCGUAGCAAGACAGCCAGGUGCAGAGGACGGUUUGUGUGCCCGGUGAUCCUGUUCAAGGGCAAGCACAUUUGCAGGUCAGCUACCCUGGCUGGAUGGGGGGAGCUAUAUGGACGCACUGGCUACAACUAUAUUUUCUCAGGAGGUGCAGAUGAUGCCUGGGCAGAUGCAGAGGACAUCACAGAGGAGGACUGCGCUCUUCGAAGUUCCGACACACAUCUUUUUGAUAAGGUCAGAGGCUAUGACAUCAAGCUGCUUCGGUACCUGUCAGUCAAAUACAUCUGUGACCUGAUGGUGGAGAACAAGAAGGUGAAGUUUGGUAUGAAUGUAACCUCCUCCGAGAAGGUGGACAAAGCCCAGCGCUAUGCCGACUUCACUCUCCUCUCCAUCCCGUAUCCAGGCUGUGAAUUUUUCAAGGAAUAUAAGGAUCGAGAUUACAUGGCUGAAGGGCUCAUUUUUAACUGGAAGCAGGACUACGUCGAUGCCCCACUGAGCAUCCCCGAUUUCCUGACUUGCUCUCUGAACAUUGACUGGAGCCAAUAUCAGAGUUGGGACCUGGUGCAACAAACACAAAACUACCUGAAACUGCUGCUUUCCAUAAUUAACAGCGACGAUGACAGCGGGCUGCUGGUACACUGUAUCUCGGGCUGGGACCGGACACCACUCUUCAUCUCUCUCCUGCGCCUUUCCUUGUGGGCUGAUGGGCUUAUCCACACAUCCCUAAAGCCUGCUGAGAUCCUCUACCUGACUGUGGCCUACGACUGGUUCCUCUUUGGGCACAUGUUGGUAGAUCGGCUCAGCAAAGGAGAGGAGAUUUUCUUCUUCUGCUUCAAUUUUUUGAAGCAUAUCAUCUCUGAGGAGUUCUCUGCUCUGAAGACACAGAGGAGGAAGAGUUUACCAGCCCGGGACGCAGGCUUCACUCUGGAAGAUAUCUGUAUGCUGAGACGAAAGGACCGUGGCAGCACCACCAGCCUUGGCAGUGACUUCUCUCUGGUCAUGGAGAGCUCCCCAGGAGCCGCCGGGAGUUUCACCUAUGAGGCCGUGGAGCUGGUCCCUGCAGGAGCACAGACUCAGGCAGCUUGGAGGAAGAGCCACUCAUCCUCUCCACAGAGUGUGCUCUGGAACCGGUCACAGCCCUCAGAGGACCGCCUGCCUUCCCACCAGGGGCUGGGGGAAGCCAAGUCUUCCAGCUCCUCAUCCUCGAACCAUUCUGACUUUUUCAGGAUGGGUAGCAGUCCCCUGGAGGUCCCCAAACCCAGAUCAGUGGACCAUCCCCUGCCCGGAUCCUCUCUCUCCACAGACUUUGGCAGCUGGCAGAUGGUAACAGGCUGUGGCAGUAUUCAGGAACGGGCUGUCCUGCACACAGACUCCUCUCUCCCUUUCAGCUUCCCGGAUGAGCUCCCUAACAGUUGUCUUUACAGGGCAGGGAGAGAGGAGAGGCUUCCUGUCUUCCACCUGUGAUCACUGUUUGUAGAGGACACUGAAAGAAAAGCAGAUGGAAGCAGAACAGGAAUCCUGCCAGAAAAGCCAGCACCCUCCUAGCAGUUUGCCUGGGGAUCACAGUGACUGAAGAUGUAGGUAGAGCCUCAGGAGCUUUCAGUUGAGGGCCUCUCCAGAACACUGCCAAGAGCUCUCUCCCAGGAUGCUCCAGGUCCUGGCCUCAAGAAAGCUGAGGCCGUUGGUCAGCCAAGGCCUGGUGCCUCAUCUUGUGGUCUCUCCUUAGGUCUAUGAUGUGUGCCUCACAUUACUCUUACUGAGGAACGGGAGCCAACAGUUGGGGCUAACUCCCUCCUGCUUACCUUCCCCUCCUCCCCAGUGCACCAAUAAAACAUGCAGCUUCUAGGCAGGAACAGUAGCCUGACAGCUGAGGGGAACAAGGCCAAAUAUUUGUGGCCUGAACCCCAGAGGUAGUAUGGCCACAGGACAGAUGCUGGCCUUGAACUUUCACAUGCAGAAGGAUAGGUGGUGUGGUAUAAUCAUGAGGAUGUUGGACUCUGCCCCAGGGUAACGCACUCAUUCUCCCUCCUUCCCUCCGU